CCGAGGGGGUCGGGCCCCGCCGGCCGGCCCGGUCGCUUAAAUGCAGCCCCUGGGACACCGGCUCCUCUCUGAUGAGACCGCUCCAGGGCUGCCGGGGACGGGGAGUCGUCGUGGGGACCGUCACCCUCUGCCUGGCCGCCGGGUGGGCUCUGCAGACUCCUGGAGGAGUAUCGUUAGUUGUCCCACAGCCCAACAUCAACGCAACAGUGGCACAAAACAUCUUGCUCUCCGUUGAAUACUUUUGCAGAGGUGUUGCCACCAUCGAGUGGAAGCACGUGUCGAGCUGGGGCACCACCAAAAUCGCUGAGUGGAAAAGUGGGAAUUAUGUCAACAUAUCCACGGUGUACAAGGGCAGAGUGACUACUUUUGAAAAUGGCUCUCUACAGCUUCUGAACGUGGGCAUGAGAGAUGCAGGCUACUAUUUCAUCACUGUAACGGAGGAGUAUGGAACCAACACCUACGGCACCAUCAUAGUUAAUGUUUAUGAGAUUAUCUAUGAAGAUUUACAUUUUGUAGCAGUUGUCUUUGCAUUUCUCGCUGCAGUAUCUGCCAUUUUGAUCUGCUUCAUGUGGCUGUGUAAUAAAUCUCUGCAUCUAUUUCAGAAGAAGACAACACACAAGCUAACAGCAAGUACAACUGAAGAGAUUGAACUGGAAACCAUUGAGUGUUAGCCAAGGACUGUCUCAUAACAAAAAUAACAAUUCUACCUCAGGAGAAAAUAUUGGCAAGGGAAGCAAGAAGAAACCUAAAAGGUAAAACGUUUGUGACUACUGUAGGAACAUCCUGACUGGCAAAUUAAUCAGACAUGAACUCAGCAGUGACUGAUGGAGAUGUUUUGACCUGUUCAGAAUUUGGCUCUGCUAGCUAAGGUCAACGUAAAAAAGAAUACGCUUUCACGCUGAGCACGAACGCAUUUUUGUGGCUAACUAAUAAAAUCUACAGCCUUUACCACUCUUAAAAAUAACCAACCAACCAAGCAAGCCUCUAAGAUCAACCCAUAAAGGAAAUGAUCAUGGCCUUUCCACCUGUAUUUUGGCUACAGCAAGUCUCCUAUUAGAGACAGAGCAGCCAUUAGUACCCUUCAACAUAAUUAAUUUAAUGUCUAAUUACAGUAUUACAUUAAAAAAUUAAUUGCAAGGAUUGGAUCCUGUUUAUUGCACCUAUGCUGCUACUUUGGGGCGUAAGGAAUUUCCCAAAGCUCUGAAGACAAACUGCAAUUCUUUAUGAGACAAAACUGAAACAACACCGAGCUGGUCAAAGUUCUCCCACUUACGUUUCCAAUUGCUUACACCGCCCCGGGAUAUUAACACACAUUUUAUGACAUUGCAAGAGAAGGUUAUGAAAACAAGGAACUACGCACAGGCACUGAGGAGGACGCUGUCUCUACUGAUUAGAGUGGUCUGAUAAAACACUGACACAUCACACCAGCGGGGUGGCUAAAUGCUAAAGAGUUUCAUUGUGGAAGACACCACGUCCUUUGCAAAGUUAGACUACUUGCCAGUGGGCUAUCUGGGAAGGAAAAGUUAAAACAGCAUUGCUUUGUAAUUUAGUAUUUACAAUUAUGGUUCUGAAAUUGCUCUUGUUGAGAAGCCACCAUUGCUCUCCCAUGUUGUAAGGAAACAUGAAGAGAUCUAACUAGUGUUUCCUUGAAUCUCCAUAUUGCACUUACAUUUUCCACCUGCAGAUCUGCCGUGGGGAGUAACAUUUCCUUUUGUGAGUGAGAAAGAACUAAACUGACCGAGCUUCAA